CUGCAUUUGGCGAAGCUUUUUGACAGUUAGAGAAAGAAGUUCCUGAAAUACUCAAGAUUUAGAGCAUUUGAAAGCGAAUUAUGCAAUCUCAUUGACGCUAAGUAGAAGGAGAUAACAUUUUCUUCAUUUUUUAUUUACUUUUUAAGGGUUGCAAUGCAUCAAAGGUGGGUUGUUCCUGUUGAAUAAUCUUAAAAGCACAUGGUAAAGAUAUAAGAAAAAUUUAUCGAAUCACAUGGUAGUUGUUCAAACACGGUGCGAAGAGGAGGCAAAAUUAAUUCUGUUUUUCAGUAAGAAAGUUUUUAUUUUGAAAAAUGGGACUUUAUGUUUUAUUUUCAAUUAACAUUUAACCCUCUCAAAAGGUGAAUACGAGCCUUUACUGGAUGAGAUGCUUACUGUGUAUGUUGAGAGCAGUUUAGCAAGUCCUUUAUCAGGAAAUGUUUCAAUUGAAGUGAAUCCUAGAUCAACUGUCAGAGACAUUAUUAAUAAUUUUCUGUUUUCUCUGCAACGGGAUGAUAGCUCUGUGCCAGGAUUGGCUAUUUUUGAUAAACACUUCAAUAAACUUGACUGGAAUGCUUCAAUUGAGUCCCAAGGAAUAGAAGAAGGAUCUAAAUUAUAUAUUGGUUAUGAUAAAUCCCGCAUUUUUCGACCAUUUCAUAUUGCAGUUGUUGGUGCAGCAACCUUAGUCAUUGCUGUUAUCCUUUUCAUUGUUUCAUGUGUACUGUUUGGAGCGACUGGAGGUACUGUUGCAACAGAUUAUGGAAUCGUUAUUGAUGCUGGAUCUACUCAUACUGAAGUAUUUUUAUACUAUUGGUCUGGCAAUAAAGAUCAUGGUACUGGUGUUGUGAAACAAAAAGACUCAUGUGAAUAUGAAGAGGGUAUUGCUACUGGAAAUGAUCCUGAAAACAUUCUUAAAUGUGUAAAUAAUAUUACAAAUCAGAUUCCUAGCGGAUUACCUUCACCAAGACUUUACUUAGGUGCUACUGGAGGAAUGAGGCUUCUUAAUGCUUCGGAUCCAAAAGAUGCCAACCUCAUUCUAAUGACUUUGAAAUAUGCAUUAAGCACCAAACCUGUUCAAGUCGAAACUGUAGAUAUAAUUAAAGGAGAAGAUGAAGCUUUGUUUUCAUGGAUUUCAACCAAUUUUUUGAACCAAUCUUUGACCCAGGGGCAGGCUUUAGAUACAUAUGGUGCCUUGGAUUUAGGAGGUGCAUCAACUCAAUACGCAUAUGCAGAAAAAAAGAGCGCAGAUAAAAAUUUAUCAACUGGGAGAGAUCUCAACUUAUUUGGGCAUAGUUAUUCUGUGGCCUCCGAAAGUUUUCUUUGUUUUGGAUACUAUGAAGCAAUGGAUCGUUCGGAAGCCAUUGCAAUGAUGAAAAAUGGAAGUGAAAAGCUAUUUGAUCCAUGCCUGCCAACUGGUUUUUCAAGAACUCUCAACGCUAAAGAGUUUUCUGAGAAGCCCUGCGUUGGUAAUAAGAAUUUCACUACAUGGCUCCAGAAUAAUUCAGAUAUAACUCAACUAACCGUUACUGGUUCAAGUAACUACAAUCAAUGUAAGAAAAGUGUAGAAUAUAUCCUAGAUGACGAUAAGUGUAAAGACAUGGGUUAUGUUCAUUGCCUUAAUGCACCCAAAUUAGGGCGUUUAAAUAGCAGAUUUAUGGCUUUCUCUGGCUUUUAUUAUGUGGUCCACUUCUUGAAUGCUAGUAGGUCAUUAGAGGAAUUUACAAAUGCUACUAAAAAUUGGUGCAAUCUUACUUGGGAUGAGAUUCAAAAAAUUGCUCCUAAAAGUCAACUUCAUCAUGUGUCAAGAUACUGUUUUGCUGGGAUUUAUAUAAUUGAACUUCUAACCUCUAAAUAUGGCUUUGAUUCAUCAACAUGGAAAAAUAUCGAUUUCAAAAAUGAAGUUGGAGGAGCAGAUGUCGGAUGGACUUUAGGAUUCAUGAUAUAUGCUACAAACAACAUACCAGAGAAAACUCCUUCUCCACCUGCAAUAUCAUUGGCCAUUUUUGUUCCUCUUCUAAUUCUUAGUAUUAUUAUGGCAAUUCUUUCUACAUUUGUUCUCCGGAAUCAUAUUAAACGUUACUACCAUUAUGGGCAUGAAAGAUUAUUGCACAUUUAAAAGGAAAUGUACUGGAUAUUAUUAAUUUAUGAAUGAAGAGUAUUUUACAUUUACAUAUCUUUCUCGUAUUUAUUUGUAACUGUAUGUUUUGAUUUAUGCAUCUGUUUCACGAUCUGAGUAUCCAUUUACAAACAUAAUUGAUAAUAUAUUUAAUAAUUGUUGAAAAAGCAUAAAAUGUGUGAUAACUUCUUGUGUAUAGUUUUUAAAUAGCUGUGAUAUUAUCAAGUUUAUUCCUGUGUUUCCUAAUAACUAGAUCAGGUAUGCAAAUUCCUGUUUUUGAUUGCCAUGGUUGUUGCCAAUACUCUAUUUUAUUUGCAAUUAGUUUUAAACUGCCAAAAGAAUUAUUUCAUCUUUUUGUUAUUUUAAAAUAAAUUGCUACUUUUAUGAUACUCAUCUGUUUGUUGUCCAAUUGAAUUUUAUGAUGUUUGUUAAAAAUGUUGAAUGUUGUGAAUAUACACUAAAAUUUUAUCUAUUGCACUAAAAAAACCCAAAAUAAAGAAUCUCCUGAAAAUGA